GAACUGCGAUGCUAGCAUCUCAGUCGAGGUUUAACUUCUGAAAUAGGCAGGAAAUUUCCAACGUUGUUUUGAUGAGUAUGGUGGGAACGCCAAACGAAAUCUGCCAAAAUUAAUAGUGCAUGCGAACAAUCAUUGUUCUGUUCAUUAAAACCCGUCGUUUGGUGAAAGAGGUCACCGAAAAAUUUUGUAUAACUGAAAUCAUCUACCAGGGUGAGAAACAUUGACACCUUCUUCGGCUGGCUUAAGAUAUACGUUCAUAUCUUCAACGCAUCAUGAGAGCGGAGCAGAUUCUUCCUCAAAUGAGCCUGUUGGUUCUUCUUUUGAUGUUCGACAACGAAGGACAUUCAAGAUUGGCAGAAGGCAAAACUCUCCAGAAGUUUGCUCAUGACAAAAAAGGAUCUCCCCCGACAUUUAUCAAGUCCCUCAAGAGCAAAACGAUCCGAGAAGGCAAAGGUCUGUCCCUUACUUGUAGUGUAACAGGGAAACCCAAGCCUCGUAUAAAAUGGAAGAAAGAUGGCCGGACCAUUCUAACCGAUGAUAGAAUUACGAUUCGAAACAUGCAUAAACUGAGGAUCAAAAAUGCGGGUCCUCAGGAUAGUGGUAUCUAUCAUUGUUUCGCCAAGAACCGUCAUGGACAGUCUAACAGUGAAAAAGCAAAGGUGACAGUCCUAAGUGAUGGGACAUGCAAGCCAUACAACGGAACCAUUUGCUCAAGAUACAUCUCCAAGGAUACAAAAGUGUUUGUUCAACAACUCAGACCACAGCGUGAAUCGGAAAAGAAAAUUAUUCAUGCAGCUUCAGUCCUAACAGGCUACAUGAGUACUCAAUGCAAAGAUUCGCUUCUGAGAGCCCUCUGUUACAACCUCUUUGCACCGUGCCAAGGCGGAAAGCAUAGGAGAUCUCCGAGACGCCUUUGCAAGGACGAUUGUGAAGUUAUUCAAGGCAGGGCCUGUUCAAAAGAAAUAAAGUUGCUUAACGAAAGGCUUGGCGGAAAUGCCGAUGAAAUUAUUCCAAACUGUUCCUCGUUGCCGUUUCAGAGCACAGUUGAAGCAAAGAAUUGUUUACCGAUACGAAACAAAAUGCAAACGUGUGAGACGUCCAAAGAUCCAUUUCAAGCAAACAUCAAGCCAUUAAAAAGGACCUUUUCGAUAUGCAGUAAAAGAUUUAGCCGGAUCGAUAAAAUUUACAACAAAGAGGUACUCAGUCUCGUGAAAAACGUGAAGGCAGAGCUGCACAAUGGUAACAUGGCGCUAGAAUCACAGUCUAUGGAGUUAUCGACUUAUUGUCUUUCUGCCUCUCUCCCUCUGAGCAAACUGGUUCGUGAUUGGACAGCUUACUUUAGGACGCCACUCCUCCCCAACCUUCCACGACCAUACAACUUGACGGUUCUUGGAUUGGAAAUUUCGAUGGUAAAUUCAAGUGUUGGCUCCAUAUGGGUUCCUCUCGGCUACGCAGCAAUAUACACAGUACACAGGAAGAUCACCUUGCGAAACGUGACCUUCUUUUAUCGACACCAGUCAGGACAUGGAUCCUUCAUUGCUAAAGGGAAGUACAAAAUUUGUGAUACUGUUUUUGAUACGACUGUCGAAUCACUUCCAGAUGGUAAUGUCAAGCUCAGCGGUAAUUCAGAAACACCCAUUGAUGUAAGCACCAUCGAAAAUGCCUUCGUGUCCGCAAGUCCGUCUUCGAUGUUGGUCAAAGCGAUCGAAAAAGUCAACUUAUUUGUGCUUCGUUUGAUGAGACCUUCCAUGGAAGCAUACAUCAAUAAAGAUUUGAUUGUGAAAUUCUCUGGAAAGUCAUACUUAUACAUGGACACUAGCACCAAGGCAGUUCCUAUCACUCUGGAAAUUUUUGGCGGGAAGUGGGGAAGAGAAGACGUACUUUUGGCGGGAAUUACCAGCAGUCGGAUCACAAUGAACCAAGCAUUGCAUUUGUUCACAAGCUUAUCACUUCCAUAUUUGGAUAUGCAUGCUUCCAACGAAUCAAGAGUUGGAAUAGUACUCUCUGCGCAGGCUCUGGACCUUAGUCAAAGUCCAUAUGAAAUAUUUAAGGAAGCACCGCUGGCACAUGCAUUUGCAGACACUGUCCCUGACGGUUUAAGCCUGGUAACCAGUGGAGCAAUUCCCGUUCAAACACACAAGGACAACCAAGUGUGUCAGCUUUUCCAGACUAUUUUUGGCCGUGGAAGUGAGCUUACACUGAAGGCAUCGACAAACUGGGCUUCCAUCAGCCUCGACUGGCAUUUUAUCAAUCUUGCUGCAGGAGCAUUGUCACCGUUUGACCGAGUGGAGAUGAAAAUGAAGAUCAAUGACACCAGGUUACUAAAGAUAGAGUCUUUGGGACACAUAAACAUCCCUCUUAGUGGAAUUCUUUACAAGAAAGGUCAGCGUUUAGACAGCUGGGAUAUUAGUGGUCAGCUAACAUACAGUGGACUAAAGGCAAACCUUGAAGCAAACUUUAAAACCCGAUCUGCUUGGAGAAAAGCCUUUGGAAUGGAGUACUUGACCAUGAAGAACCUACAGUUAGGAUUAUCGUUACCGAUUGGCCAGUCACAAAAAAGCAGCGCUACUGGCCAAGCUGAACUUCAGCUGGGUUCUCUGUGCAACGCAGCGCGCAAUCGUAAGAACGAAUCUAUCAAGAAAAGUUGCGUCACUGGUCAUUUGUCCUUGGGAUUGUCUGAUAAAUCUGCUGAUCGUUUCUUUUACGGCUCGCUGUCUCCUGUCAGUCUUCAAAAACUGCUUGAAGUGUGUAAUAUCAAUCACAAGCUGCCUGUCGCCCUGGCAACGAUAGGAUUUCCUGAAGGUCUAAAGAUCUCUGCCGCAAAAGGAGCGCACAACCUUAGCGUUCUUGAAGGACCAACCAUAAAACCAGGUUUCAUUCUGUCAGGCAAGAUGAGUUUAUUCGGAAUUGAGACCACAGGAGCAGUUUCGCUUUUACCUGAAGAGUUUGUAAUUGAUGCCAAAAUUAAAUCAGAUGAAGAUCUCGCCACUAUGGACGACAUCACACUAUCAUCUUCCUCGACUGCGGGUUCCAAUCUUAAUUCUAAGCUUUAUCUGACAGCUCGAAUGGAUUCAGUUCCAUCCGUAAAGGCACACCUUGACGGCUUUCCUCGGCUGUUUGGUAUAUUUAAGGACGUACAGAUACUUGCUACACGUGAUUCUUUGCAAAUUCAUCUGGCCAGUGACGUCAACAAGUCCUACAAAAUCGAUGUCCACUUGAUAACUAACUACAGCGCGAAUCGUAACGACACCCAAUUUAAUGCCAUGGUUGUCUUCGACAGUGGUUUGUCCAAGUUGACACGUCUAGCCUCAGAUUACGUGGUAUCAAUGCUUGAAUCAGAGAUGUCGCGACUAAAAUCAGCCAAAAGUGAAGUACAACGCCUUAGAAGAGAAUGUAACAAAACAAUCAAACGAGAAUGCUUCUGGUGUUUGAACCAUGGAGUCUGUGCAAGUUCCUUCUCAGAUGCACAAAAUACCACGCAGAAGAAACGAGGCACGCCACGAAUCGGUUCACCGCUUGACAUUUGUCACCAGGUUGUAAUGAAACGUUGCCUAGUCAACUCUGGGUACCACAAUGUUUGCAGAUUCGUUAGUGCAAACUUGAGCAAGACAUGCGCAAUUCACCGCAGUGCGGCAAGGUCUCAAAAAGACCUGGAGAAGGGACUGCGCUGGGUCAAGGAAGCCGACCAACUUAUGUACAGCGAACUGUUACAGCUCCACUCUAUUUCGUUCAAAACGAAUGUCACAUCAACCAAUCUGGAGAAGAUUUACUUGGAAACUACCUUAGAACUAACAAUAUUUGGACAAAAACAAAGACUCGAAGGUCGACGCAUGGACUUCAACGAAUUCAUGAAAUUUUCGUCGGAGAUUGCCAAGUACGCAGUGGACUGGUACCAAAAGACGCAGCCGCAGUCGAAGCCAAAAUUACGUCAUCCAGAUAACAGGCCAAGGUCUCCGACGUGGUAAGCGAAGAUACCACACAAAUCUUUUCCUCUUCUCUUAUACUUUUAAAGCGAACAGCAUUAAAGAAGGAAAUUUAAGUUUGUAACAAGGGAAGAUAUAGCCAAGGGAACUAAUGUUUCACAACGGAAGAGAUUUUACACUUUUAUUGUCAAAUAUUACGAAGAUUUGUUACAGUUGUAAAUCCAAUUGUUAAGUUCAAUUGUUUAAACAAUGAGCGGAGGUAAUGUCACUUUGAAUUAUGGAGAGCGGUAGGUUCGCUAGAUCUCUUUUGAAAAGCCUCGUUUGAGAAUUUCGUUAUUCCUGAUUAGUCGUGUGAUAGCGUCACGCAAUCAUGUCACGCACGGAAUGAGUUCCCAAAUGCACAGCUGUAGAAGCAGCGAUUUGGACACUGCUGUUGCAGGGACCGCGCAGAGGUCAAAACAAAAAAUAAUUUAACAAAAAUAAGGGGACCAAAAAUAGCCCCCCACUCAAAAUCUUGCAGCGCGGUCCCUGUGUUGUAAUUAUUUCGCUAUCUUUUAACACUUUGUUUAUCCUCUGCUCUUAAGAGACACGUUUCGCAAAGACCUAAAUAUUUUUAUAAAAAACAUUAACUGUAGUUGAGACUUUUUCUGGCAACAAAAUUGGUGCUUGUAAUACAAUCAAACGCUGAGCUAUCAAGCCUGGACAAUAUCAGGGGAAACACCAACUUGUGCCGAGCGCGGGAAAACAUCAGCUCCGUGCAAAGCAUGGGAAAACGCCAGCUUGUAUAAAGCAGGGGAAGACAAAAAUCUUUGUGUAAAGCGCGGGAAGCUUGCAUCAGUGCAACGCACAAUUUGGUGAAGGCGUAAAGCCAUACGAAAAAGCGCAUUUGCUUCAAAGCCGUUGUUACGCUUUGCAUUUGAGGCGAUUUGUAUGACUUUAGGAAGCGCCAUAGUUUUAAUACUCAUGUACACUUCUAUAACUAUCAAAGGAAACAGCUUUGUUUGAACGGUUUGCAGCCAGUGUUUUGAUGAUUACAAACGAGUCCGCUUUAAAGUAAAAUCACAUGUACACAGUAUUUGAUAUUUAAUUAUAACCAUGGAAUUUCCGGAGGGAAGAUUUUAUGUACGUAGCAACUACGAAAUGUGGAAGAACACGUUUUGUUGAAACAAUAAAGUUAA